AAGUGAAGAUGGUUGUCGUUCGUUGGAUAAUUUCGUUGAUUUUAGUAGUUACCAGUUUGGUUGGCGGUAGGCAUGACCGACCACCGGUUGCGCGGUAUGGAAGCGACGAUCCGUAUGAUAAGGAGGAGGCAAUCAGAGUUGCGAUGCAGAUCGACGAAUUGGACGAGGAGGAUGAGCAGAAUCCUUGGGAGUUGAGUGGUUUAUUCGAAGGUGACAUACGGAUGGAUCCAUCGAACGGUCGCAGUGCGAUGGUUGAUGAGACCAAACGAUGGCCCAAAGGGAUCGUUCCGUGCUACAUUGCAGAAAAUAACUUCUCGGAUAAAGAGAAGAAAGUGAUCCGGAAGGCCAUCAAGAUCAUUUCAAAGAAAACUUGCAUCAAAUUCCGUCGGUAUCGCGAAGGCGAUACGAACUGGGUGGUAUUCCGAUCCAACAGUAGCGGAUGCUGGUCCAAUGUGGGUAUGCAUCCUGGUGGUCAAAUAGUUAAUCUACACUCACCAGGUUGCGUACGGCUCACCACUGUGAUUCAUGAACUACUUCACGCAUUAGGAUUUUGGCACCAGCAGAGUUCCUCCAAUCGUGAUGACUAUGUGCGCAUUUUGUGGAAAAAUAUCAUACCUAAAAGAAAGAUUAGCUUCAAAAAGUACAACUCGAGCCUUAUCACAGACUUCGGGAUCGAGUACGACUACGAUAGUAUCAUGCACUACAGUGCGAAGGCGUUCUCGAAGAACAGGAAACCGACGAUUAAGCCACUGCAACCGAACGUAGUUCUUGGAAAGCGAAAGGGCCUUAGUAAGAAGGAUAUCGCCAAGAUUCAGCGCAUGUAUGAAAGUCAAUGUUCGGAGCGCGAGAGUAACACAAGCAGCAUCGAACAGGAUCUGUCGAACAGUUUAGUUCGAUGCUCGCUAUUUUCGGCUAGACUGGAAAGUUUCCUUCAUAGAUUACAGUAAAGAACCAAUCGUGUUACAGUGUUGGGAUUUUUCUAAUCUGCUAUAUGACAGGCAUAUAUGUAAGCUUAGCAGAGCCAACGAGUCUUUUUUAAAUCUUCAGUGAAUAAAAAAAUAAAUAGUCUGUUAGUUUCAAGGCACAGUUUUUUAAGUGAAGAUUCGUUUGAUGGAGCCGGGGGUGAUCGUUUUCCGCCUUUUUGCAUCUGGGUCAAGAUUCUUGGGAUUUCCUACAUUCCAUCAAAGCUCAAUUUUUUACUGUCUGUUUCGCCAAUGGAUACUUCUACUAUGAUCAG